AAAUUUUCUAAUCCAGAGUUCAUGUUCAAGAAAACAGAUCAAACCGCAUCCAUAUAAAUUCAACCCCGAAUACAAAGUUUCUUACUUGACACUGCACCAUGAAGACUUGUGUCACUGAGCUCAGUGGAAGGAUCACACCUUACAACACUCAGAGAAAAGUUUCCUUACUGGCACUUACCUUGAUUCUAUUCGUGAUUAUCCAUCUUCUCAAAAAGAAUAGCCAGUCACCCUUGAUAUCUCCUUACUUCAAAACUAGUCAUGUGAGAGGCAUUUCAGUGGAGAAGAAAUGUGAUAUUUUUAGCGGAAAGUGGGUUCCUCAUCCUGAAGGGCCUAACUAUUCCAAUGAUACUUGCCAUCUGAUGAUUGACCAGCACAACUGUAUGAAGCUUGGCAGACCUGAUAAGGAGUACAUGAACUGGAGGUGGAAACCAGAUGAAUGUGAGCUACCUGUAUUCAAUCCAGCUCAGUUCUUCAAGCUUGUUCGAGGGAAGUCAAUGGCAUUUGUUGGAGAUUCUGUGGGGAGGAACCAAAUGCAGUCAUUGUUGUGCCUGUUAUCCAGUGUGGCAUAUCCAGAGGAUAUCUCCCACAAGUACUCAACAAACACAGAUUAUUUUAAACGAUAUUUCUAUGCAGAUUACAGGUUCACUGUAGCAACGAUCUGGUCUCCAUUCCUGGUUGAAUCCAAAGAUGCAGAUCCUAAUGGCCAUACCUUCGACAGCCUCAUGGACCUCUACUUGGACAAAGCUGAUGAGUCAUGGGUGAGUGAAGUUGAAAAUUUCGACUAUGUGAUUGUUUCAGCUGGACAAUGGUUCUUCCGGCCUUUGAUAUACAAAGAAAAUAAUCAAGUUAUUGGGUGCCAUAAAUGCUAUAUAGAGAACAUGACAGCCAUUUCAAAAUACUAUGGAUACAGAAUGGCCUUUCGAACUGCCUUUCGAACUCUUCAGAGCCUAAAGAACUACAAGGGUAUAACAUUUCUAAGGACAUUUUCUCCGUCGCACUUUGAAAAUGGUGAUUGGAAUAAGGGAGGAAAUUGUGCACGAACAAGGCCGUUUACAAGCCAAGAAAUGAAGUUAGAAGGGUUUGUAAUGGAGUUCUACUUGACACAAGUGGAGGAACUAAGGGCUGCAGAGAAAGAAGGGAUAAAGAGGGGCUUAAAAUUUCGAUUGCUUGAUACUACUGAAAUUAUGUUGCUGAGGCCAGAUGGGCAUCCAAACCGGUAUGGACAAUCACCACAUAAGAAUGUGGCAGUAAAUGAUUGUGUUCAUUGGUGUUUGCCAGGCCCCGUUGACGCAUGGAAUGAGUUUUUGCUUUAUAUGAUGAAGACUGAAGGUCAGGGGCCAUUUGAGGGGAAGAUUUAAUGAAAAUUCUUCAUGUAAAUUUGAUUAAUAUAUUUUUUUCUAUUUAUAUAUUUGAAACCCUUGUUGGAUUUUUUACCUGUGAAAACAUCUCCUUUUACUUUUUGUAAUGAUCAAAAUUUGUUUCAUUUCAACAUCA